AUGGCCGGGUGGUUCUCGUCAGGCACGUCUGUGCUCGAUGAGCAAAUCGAAAAAGCUACCUCUUCUAGCUUGGAGGAUAUUGCAACCUCCCUCGAGAUCACGGACCUCAUUCGAUCAAAGACAGUGCAGCCUAAAGAGGCCAUGCGAUCGUUGAAGAGGCGGAUAGGCAACAAGAAUCCCAAUGUCCAACUCUCGGCUCUGAAGCUCACAGACACUUGCGUCAAGAAUGGCGGCUCCCAUUUCCUCACCGAGAUUGCUUCCCGUGAAUUCAUGGACAAUCUGGUCUCGUUACUCAAAGCCUACGGAGCCGCCGCCGUCAAUGAAGAGGUCAAACAGAAGAUCUUGGAGCUGAUCCAGAGCUGGGCUAGUGCUACUCAGGGAAGAUACGAUUUGUCAUAUAUCAAUCAGGUAUACCAGAGCUUGCAGACGGAAGGCUUCAAGUUUCCUCCCAAAGUUGAGAUCUCCAGCACCAUGCUCGACAGCAGUGCCCCGCCCGAGUGGACAGACAGCGACGUCUGCAUGCGGUGCAGGACCUCAUUCACCCUGACAAAUAGGAAACACCAUUGCAGGAAUUGUGGCAAUGUCUUUGACCAACAGUGCUCAUCAAAGUCGAUUCCACUCCCGCAUCUGGGCAUUAUGCAGCCAGUGCGGGUCGACGACGGCUGUUACGACAAGUUGACCAAAAAGUCGGGUGGUGGCUCUGAUCGCCGUGUCUCCUUCGCACCCAAACCGAGCUCGAUGCAACCCCGAAGUGCCCGGAUAGAGAACAAUAGCAGCUUUGACGAGGACUUGAAAAGAGCGUUGGAAAUGAGUCUAGAAGAAGCCAAGGGAAUUUCAAGCUCGGGUUAUGUUCCGCAGUCGCAGCCAAAGCAAGAGCCGCCAAAGACAAAUGCUGUGUCGAACGAGGAAGAAGACGACCCAGAUCUGAAAGCCGCUAUAGCACUGUCUUUGAAGGAGGCCGAAGAACAAGCCAAGAAGCAUGCUGCUUCUCUCAAGAAAACCACCACCGAUGGAGCAACCUCUGCUCAGCCUUUUGUCAUGCCAAAGAACGAUUACGAGUUGUCCGUCAUGGAGUCCGAGAAUAUCAAUCUGUUUGCCACUUUGGUCGACCGCUUACAGCACCAACCACCGGGCACAAUUCUGCGCGAGCCGCAGAUUCAAGAGCUCUACGAGAGCAUUGGAAAGCUUCGACCGAAGUUGGCGCGGACACUCGGUGAAACAAUGUCAAAAAAUGAUGUGCUACUCGAUCUGCAUGCAAAACUAUCUACGGUCGUGCGGUACUACGAUCGAAUGCUUGAAGAGCGGUUAAACAAUACUUAUAACCAGAGGAAUCCAGGAUAUGCAGCCUACGGAAUGCCUUCCCCUGCGGCGCCUCAGGGCAUGUAUCCCUCAAUAUCAUCGGGCCCCCCUCCGUCGAUGAAUGCUGGUGCUGGUGGCGCGGAGAAUUACUAUUUCAACAAUGCACCAGUCGAGACUUAUGCUCCACCUGCUCAACCCACGCCGGUUCCUCAGCCUCAGCGUUCAUAUUCAUAUUCGAGCCAGAAACAAGAUACUCCUGCCUCGCCUUAUCAGUAUCCAUCUCAGUUGCCACCACAACAGCAUCAACCUAUGCCGCAACCUGCACAAUUCAAUCAGCCACCUUCGCCGCAGAUGUACCAACAUCAACCCGCACCGCAACAACCGUACCCAUCUCAAUCCUCUCAACCUCCAUCCAUGUAUCCUCAGAUGCCUCCCCCAGAUCCUCAGCAGACUCCCACGCCCUACGCCCAAAUGCCGCCAAUGCCACAUGAAGCGCCCACUCCCCAGACCCAGCCCCAGUAUCACCAACCCCCGCCUCAGCAAGCGGUACAACAAUCUUACCAACAACGACAACCACCCCCUCCGGAGCAGGCACAGGCUCCACCGCAAGGCUACUCACAACAGCAAUCACAGCAGCAGCAAUUUGCUCCGCAAUAUCAGCAACCUCAGCAGCAGCAACCGCCCCCUGUGCAACAACAACCCCCAAUGUCCACAGGUGGAUCCUAUGGAACAACCUAUCCCACCUAUACGCAGGACCAAUUUCCUUCUGCGCCGCAACAUAUGCCGGCCGCACAUCCUGCACAGCAGCAGCCAGUGGCCGUGGAAGAAAGUUUGAUUGAGCUGUGA